AUGCGUAAAACUCACUCAGGCGAUCUUCUUGACAUGUCAAAAUUAAAAAAUGAACGAAAUAAUAUAGUAAGACCAGGAAUAGCUAUGAUUAAACCAGAAUAUUUGAAGUGUAUAACUAGUUAUGAAAAAAAGAUAGAUGAAUUAAUUGAUAAAAACAAGGAAUUUUCUGAAAAUAAUGUUUCUGAUAUGAAUGAUUUUAGUAAUUCUUUAGAAGCACCUAUUAAGAAACGUAAAAAACAAAGAGGUCAGAAUAAAAAUAGAAAAAUUGUGUUGGAAAAAGAAAUUGAUCAGUUAUGUCCGUAUAUUUCUGCAGAUAAACAAUGUCAAUAUGGUGAAGACUGUAAAUUUUCACAUUCUAUUGAAGAUUAUUUGAGUCGAAAACCUGAUGAUAUUGGUAAAGUUUGUAGUGUUUUUGAUGCAAAGGGAUGGUGUGCUUCUGGUUGGAGAUGUCGAUGGUUGAAUGGACAUGUGUUGAAGCCUAGUUUGGACACUAAAACAUGGCGUUUAAUCGUAGAUGAUAAUAAAGCAGAAAUUCAUAAAGGGGAUGUUCUUAAUAAAGUUUCUGCUGAUUUUCGGAAGCAGCUUUCUCGUAAAUUGUAUUUAACACCUAAAUCAAGCAGUUAUUUGGCUCUUUUGGAUGAAAAAUUGCACUUAAAUAGUUUUGACGAUCAUGAAUCUGAAAAUAUUGAUGCCAAUACGCUUAAAGAUGUUCCUGUGGAUAAUACGGAAAAAAAAAGGAUUUGUUGGAAAGAUCGAAAGAUUCUUGCGCCUUUAACAACAGUCGGGAAUAUUCCUUUCAGACGUAUUUGUUGCUCUUUUGGUGCGGAUGUGACUUAUUCUGAAAUGAUUGUUUCACUUCCAUUAUUACAAGGUUCAAAAUCUGAAUGGGCUUUACCACGAGCACAUAUUUCAGAGCGAUCUGAGUUAAGAAAUGGAAGAAGAGGACUUUUUGGUGCCCAAAUAUGUGGAAGCAAGCUCUGGCAGUCUAUUAAAGCAACAGAGGUUUUGGCUAAUGUUUGUAAUGAGAUUGAUUUUAUUGAUUUGAACUGUGGAUGUCCAAUUGAUUUGAUUUAUAAACAAGGUGCUGGGUCUGCUUUAUUAGAUUCUCAAACAAAAAUGAUUAAAAUGCUUGGAGGUAUGACUUAUGUAUCUAAUUCUAUACCAAUUACUACAAAAAUUCGUAUGGGAACCAAAGAUAGUAAACCAACUGCAAUUAAGUUGAUUUCCAAAUUAAGAAGAGAACUUAAUUUGAGCGCAGUUGUACUGCAUGCACGGUCUAGACAACAAAGAUAUACUAAAAAAGCUGACUGGGAAUAUAUUCGUCAAUGUGCUUCUAUGAUAAGUGCAGUAAAGAAAUAUGAUGCAUAUAACGAAGAUUAUAAGGAGAAUUCUGAGAUAGGAAAUCCACCUUAUAUGGCAUUUAUAGGUAAUGGUGACAUAUAUAGCUGGGAAGAUUGGGAAGCUGCUAUGGCAUCUGGUGUAGAUACUGCCAUGAUUGCUCGAGGUGCAUUAAUAAAGCCUUGGAUAUUUGAAGAAAUCGAGUCCAAAAAAUACAUAGAUAAAACAUCAAGUCAGAGAUUAGAUAUACUCAGACAGUUCUGCGAGUAUGGUCUUGAUUACUGGGGAUCUGAUGAUUUUGGUGUUAAUACCACUCGACGCUUUUUGUGUGAAUUUCUUUCGUUCUUCCAUCGAUAUGUACCAGUAACCAUGCUUGAAGUGCUUCCUCCAAAUAUUCAAGAUCGGCCUCUUGCUUGGCAAGGUCGGAAUGAAUUAGAAACACUCUUAGCCAGUGAAAAUUCUGAAGAUUGGGUUAAAAUAAGUGAAAUGUUUUUGGGCAAAGUAAAAGAUAAUACAUUCAAAUUUAUUCCAAAACAUAAAAGUAAUUCAUAUGAAAUAGAAGCAGAAGGCUAA